CCGCUCGUUGUCUACACCUCUCGCUCGUUCACUCUCUCUUUCCACUCUCUCUUCAACGUCCUCCAAAUCCGCCAGCAACGAAGGUCUUAUUUCCAGCCCUGCCGCACCGCCCUCAGCACGUUCCGAGAACCCUGCGCAGCGCACAAGCCAGCCUCAACCGUCCUUCCGACAUUGAUAUCAGCUUAAACGGGAGAUCAACCGCCCGUCGUCAUCGGCCUAGCACUGCAGCUUCUGACCCUCAGUCAGCAGCAACUACGAACACGACGACCAUCCUGCUCCACAAGCCCCAGGUAGCCUCAUAACCCAUGUCUGUGGAUCUGCUGCAAGAGGACACCUGCCUUCCGGGCAGCUCCAAGCGCUCAAUGCAACGUUCUUCCCGUCCAUCGAAACUAGCAGAAGCGCAACAAACCCCCCUCCUCCCAACGAUAAUCAGUUUCACCACCUCGUCUACGCCCCUCCUGCCCCCCCGCGUGCCCCACAUCCCCUAUUCAAGCCAUUCGCUGCUCAUCCCCUUCGUGCAAGGCUCGUAUGCCUCUUCCUGGGCCUGGCGGGGAUGGUCCUGCUCUGGCAGGUGUGGGUGCUUACGGGGGAAGGGUACGUAG